UGCAUAUCUUGAUUUUUUAUUGACUUUUUCGAAAGGUAAGAUCCGGUGAAUCGGAAACAAUUAAUUAAGAAUAAAAAACUUUUUUUAUGGAACAGACAUAUCAAUAUGCGUGGAUAAUACCUUUUCUUCCACUUCCGGUUCCUAUGUUAAUAGGGUUGGGACUUCUUCUUUUUCCGACGGCAACAAAAAGUCUUCGCCGUAUGUGGGCUUUUCAGAGCGUUUUGUUGUUAAGUAUAGUUAUGAUUUUUUCCAUGAAUCUUUCUAUUCAGCAAAUUAAUAGUAGUUCUGUCUAUCAAUAUGUAUGGUCUUGGAUUAUUAAUAAUGAUUUUUCGUUAGAAUUCGGAUACUUGAUCGAUCCACUUACUUCUAUUAUGUCAAUACUAAUCACUACUGUUGGAAUUUUGGUUCUUAUUUAUAGUGAUAAUUAUAUGUCUCAUGAUCACGGUUAUUUGAGAUUUUUUGCUUAUAUGAGUUUUUUCAGUACUUCUAUGUUGGGAUUAGUUACUAGUUCAAAUUUGAUACAAAUUUAUAUUUUUUGGGAAUUAGUUGGAAUGUGUUCGUAUCUAUUAAUAGGAUUUUGGUUCACACGACCUGUUGCAGCAAAGGCUUGUCAAAAAGCCUUUGUAACUAAUCGUGUUGGCGAUUUUGGUUUAUUAUUAGGCAUUUUAGGGUUUUAUUGGGUAACGGGGAGUUUUGAAUUUCGUGAUUUAUUCCAAAUAUUCAAUAACUUGAUUUCUAAUAAUGAGGUCGAUUUUUUAUUUGUUACCUUGUGCGCUGUUCUUUUAUUUGCCGGUGCGAUUGCUAAAUCUGCACAAUUUCCUCUUCAUGUAUGGUUACCUGAUGCGAUGGAAGGGCCGACUCCUAUUUCGGCCCUUAUACAUGCUGCUACGAUGGUAGCAGCGGGCAUUUUUCUUGUAGCCCGACUUAUGCCUCUUUUCAUAGUCAUACCCUACAUAAUGAAUUUUAUCUCUUUGAUAGGGAUAAUAACAGUUUUUUUAGGAGCUACUUUAGCUCUUGCUCAAAAAGAUAUUAAGAGGGGUUUAGCCUAUUCAACAAUGUCUCAAUUGGGUUAUAUGAUGUUAGCUUUAGGUAUGGGGUCUUAUCGCAGUGCUUUAUUUCAUUUGAUUACUCAUGCUUAUUCUAAAGCAUUAUUGUUCUUAGGAUCGGGAUCCGUUAUUCAUUCAAUGGAAACUCUUGUUGGGUAUUGUCCAAAAAAAAGUCAGAAUAUGGUGCUUAUGGGAGGUUUAACAAAACAUGUACCAAUUACAAAAACUUCUUUUUUAUUAGGUACACUUUCUCUUUGCGGUAUUCCACCCCUUGCUUGUUUUUGGUCCAAAGAUGAAAUUCUUAAUGAUAGUUGGUUGUAUUCACCUAUUUUUGCAAUAAUAGCUUGGUCUACGGCGGGAUUAACGGCAUUUUAUAUGUGUCGGAUUUAUUUACUUACUUUUGAAGGACAUUUAAACGUUAAUUUUCAAAAUUACAGUGGAAAAAGGAAUACCCCCUUAUAUUCAAUAUCGCUAUGGGGUAAAGAAGGUUCAAAAAAAAGUAACAAAAACUUUCGUUUGGUAACUUUAUUAAAUAAGAAUGGAGGUCCUUCUUUUUUUUCAAAUAGAGUAUAUAAAAUUGAUGAGAAUGUAAGAAAAAUGACCCCACCCCUUCUUUCUAUUCCGAAUUUUGGCAAUACCAAGACUUCUUUGUAUCCUUAUGAAUCGGAUAAUACGAUGUUAUUCCCAAUACUUAUAUUAAUUAUAUUUACUUUGUUCGUUGGAUUCUUAGGAAUUCCUUUAACUCAAGACGUGGAUAUAUUAACAAAAUGGUUAACCCCGUCUAUAAAUCUUUUACAUAAAAAUUCAAAUAAUUCAAUAGAUUGGUAUGAAUUUUGUAAAGAUGCCUUUUUUUCAGUCAGUAUAGCCUCUUUCGGAAUAUUUAUAGCAUUUUUUUUAUAUAAACCUGUUUAUUCAUCUUUUCAAAAUUUGGACUUAAUUAAUUCAUUUUUUAAAAUGGGUCCUAGGAGAAAUUUUUAUGACAAAAUAAAAAAUGCUAUAUAUGAUUGGUCAUAUAAUCGAGGGUACAUAGAUGCCUUUUAUGGAAGAUUCUUUAUUGUGGGGACGAGAAAAUUCGCCGAAUUCACUCAUUUUUUUGAUAGACGAAUAAUAGAUGGAAUUCCAAACGGAGUUGGUCUUAUCAGUUUCUUUGUAGCAGAGGUUAUUAAAUCGGUAGGGGGGGGGCGUAUUUCUUCUUAUCUGUUCUUUUAUUUUUCUUAUGUAUCCAUUUUUUUAGUAAUUUAUUACUUUUUGAAUAUUUAAGUCUUUCUUUAAGUCUUUAAUUUAACUUUCCAAUCCAUUUCAUGAAUAAAAUGUGACCAAUUAUCCAACCAACAAAACUACUUGUUACAAAUAGCAUCUUGCUGUUGCAUCGAAACAUAAAAAUGUUGACUAAUCUCGCUAACAUUGAACUUGGUAAAAUGAAAUGAUUGAAUAAUUGAAAAAUGAGAUUAUUCAGGAAUACACAUUGAAUGCUGAGAUUACGCAUUGAAUUUCUGGUAGUAGAUCCAUAAUCAAAGAAGUGUUUGUGAUUAUUGCAGAAGAAAUGAAACAAAA